AAAAUCAAAACCGGUCGUCGCGGUGGCUGGUCUCUUUCGAUGUGGGAGUGAGAAUUGCCGCCUGAAAUGCUGAAGCAAUAUCCUUGUGGGAGCUUACAAAUAACGUGGAUUCAUAUACUCUUCUCAUAAAUACUAAUUUAUUUGCGUAAAUUAAUUGGAUUUUCUUCGUUUGUUGUUCAGCGUAAAUCCCAUUUUCUCAGGAUUCAGGAACAAAUAAAAACUAACCAACCAGCAUUCACGACGCAAUUUCAGAACCAUAUUUCCAAUUCCCACCUAGAAAAUGUUAGUGGGAAUGAAAUUUUCUCCCAAUUUUUUCUCCUAGAAUCUUCUCCGCCGUCAAUCCCGAGUCCACAGGGUGAGAGAAAUUUGGUAAAGGGAUGAUGCUCUGAUAUGUCAGCCAAGGAUUUUUGUUCAAUAGAUUCAAUUUUGAGGAGUUUGGAAUUUGAGUAACCUUUCAAUAUGUCGGAAUGCCCUUCAAAUGAUGUAAAGACCAGCACCAUAGCUAAUUCAAGCGAUGAAUCCGACCUCGAGAAGCAGCGGGGAGCUCAGCCAUCAGCAUCAGAGCCCUCUGCCAGUGAUGCUGAUGAUCAUACUCGGUUGACGAUUGUUGUUUCAACUGGGGAGCCCAAACCAGUCUCCGAGGUUCCUACGACGACGGCAACCCGGUUGUCUCACGAAGAAGAAUCGCCUGGUAUAGUUUCCCCCAAAAAGGAGCUCUUGUCUAUGGCUUCCAGUUCUGAUGAGCAGUGCAGAAUUUGUCAGCAAGAGAAGGAAGAAGCCUUGAUAGAACUUGGAUGUCAAUGUCGAGGCGGUCUCGCUAAAGCUCACCGAACUUGUAUAGAUACUUGGUUUCGGACUAAAGGAUCAAACAGAUGUGAGAUAUGCCAGGUUAUAGCAGCGAAUGUAUCACCUCCCCAAUCACAUCAUGGUACCAACUACUGGAUUUGGAGGAUUGAUCCAACCUACAGAACCCAAGAUCCUGAGAGGGUAAAAGCAGCACUGCUUCAGUCCACUUUGGUUGGCUUUUGCUAUCCUCAUAGGGGGUCUGCUAUUGGAUGUUCUUAUAUCAAUUACCCUCGGUGUUUCUGCAUUGCCUGUAAAUAUCAUCAUCGGAGUCAUUGUGGUGCUUGGACUUGGAACCGUGUUUCGACUUGCGCUCGAGUUCUUCCAGGAGUGGAGUUCAACAAGAGGGUUGCAGAGAGUCGAAUCGAACAUCACUAUUGGGUACUAUCCAGCUAUAUAGUUUCUUACUAUUUUGUUUGUUAAAUGAAUUGAGAAAGAUAAAUAAAGUGAAAAGAGAUCCAAGAAAGAAAGAGGUAGCUCCCUCGUUUCUCCCACAUUCGUAUAUAUAUGUUUAAUGUUUGUUUGACUCACUGAAAUUGUGUACCUUGACACAUCUUUUUGUGAUUAUAAGCCAUUACUAUUUGAUAUUCUUACAGCGGAU